AUGUCCCCUCAUGUUACAAUUCCAAUCCCAUUAACAUCAUCUUCACAAACACAAAUCGUACCCAGAAUAAAAAACGACGACCAGUUACCUGAUAAAGCUGCAUUAAGAACUCUAUCUUCUUUUAUCAAAACUUAUCGAAAUCAAUCUACUACUUCCAUACCAAUACCACAAGAAACACAAUCUCACACUCCACAACCUUCACCUCUCUCACAAAUCCACACACUACCACAAACACCCACCACAAGAACACCACCAAACCAAGACCUAAAUCUUAAAAUGGCCCACACAACCACAACCGUCACCACCAAGCCCUCCCUCCUCUCCCGUCUCCGCGGCGCCAAAACCCACCGUCGCACCUACGAAAACACCACCACCCACAGCACCCACCACCGCAAGCAACGCACAUGGGGUAACCGUCGUCGCGCAGGCGCCACCGCACAGCCUGUCCACCACCACCACCGCAAGCCCAGCGUCGGUGACAAGAUCAGCGGUGCCCUUUUGAAAUUGAGAGGAAGUUUGACCAGGAGACCCGGCUUGAAGGCAGCCGGAACCCGCAGAAUGAGAGGAACUGAUGGAAAGGGUAGUCAUCACACUGUUGUAUACUAA